AUGGAGUCAAUGAAGAUGAUGGUUGUUCUUAUGGUUGUCGCGGUGGCUUUCUCAGCCGUGGGACAAGCGGCGGCUGCUACCGUGGAAGCUCCGGCUCCAAGCCCAACUUCUGAUGCUACAAUGUUUGUACCAGCAUUGUUUGCAUCUGUUGUUGCUUUGGCUUCUGGUUUACUCUUUUGA